AUGACGAACAAGCAGCAGCAGCACCAUCUAACUCUGGACCUGAGUGAGCAUGUGAAUAUCAGUAAGGCUGACUAUAAUGCCCAUGUCACCCAGAAAGAUGAAGUAAGGCAAGAGAAAUCCUGUGACAAAGAUUCUGCAAAUAAUGAGAAGUCAGUUUUGACAAUGGCCCUGCAAGCUGUGCUACUGUGUCCAAAGACCCAAGCCAGCAGCCUGUAUUACAAAACAAAACUGCAGGUCCAUAACUUUACACUCUUCAACUUGAAGUCAAAGGAAGGGUACUGCUACAUUUGGGAUGAAACAGACGAUUUUCUCCAAGUGACUCUGGGCUUUCCAGAGACUUUAAUAUUGGAACCUGGUGCUAAUGUCACCAUUUGGUGCCAGCAUAACCAGAUGGAACCAGCUUACAUAUACUGGUUCAAGCACACCAACCGUUCUGUGCCAGACCAACUUGACUGCCAAUUUUAUCAAAAAUAUUCUUCAACAAGCUCCUGUAAUUCUGUUAAUCAGAGUGAUCAAGUGGUGAUGUCUGUAAACUCUCAGAACACGUCUCUAACAAUAGCUGCAGUGAAUCACACUGAUUCAGGACUGUAUUACUGUGGCGUUUGGCAGAGCAACAGAAUUUCCUUCAGAAAUGCAAUACAUUUACAAGUGAGAGAGCAAGAUGAAACACUUUCCAAAAACAGCACUCAAGAUGUCUUCUUCAUGCUGACGGUGGUGUUUGUUGGUGUGAUUGUGAUUCUCGUCAGUGUUCUUCUAGUUAUGCUGAAGAGGAGAAAACACAGAGACACUGUCUCUAUUGUGGAAAAGGAGCAGGAUUCUAAUUAUGCUGAUCUACAAUUCUCUGAUAAGAAAAUCAAGAAAGCAGGAAGACGCACUGAAGUGGUGGAUCCUCAGGUUGUGUAUUCUUCAGUAAGACACUAGCAGUAUACUGUGAUAGAACAAAGUUAUACAUCAUUCCUUCAUUGUUUGGAACAGCUUUACAUACUUAAUUAUUUUAAGCAACAACAGCCAUAAAUGGUUUCAUAUUUGUACUUACUAGUUUUGACAAACACAUUAAGAGGACAGUGUCAGUGAGGACAGUUUAAGUAUUGUCAGGAAGUAUUUUUAUUUGCCCAGACAGACUAAUAAAUAUUUAAAUAUUUACAGGUUUUAUGGGGUUUUUUUGUUUUGUUUUUGUUUUGGUUGUGUGAAUGCUUGUGAUUUAGCUACAUUGUUCACAUGAUAUCAUAUGUUGUAAUAGCAGAAAUAUAUAUGGAUGUGUUCCAAACAGCAGAGGUCUAGUUUAAAUUGUGAUUUGCUGUUUGAGGAGAUGAGAGAAGUGGUUGGAAUCUUUACUCCUUCAUUAGAGUGUAUUUUAUUUACUUUGAUCUUGUACUGCAUUUUAAACUUUUUUUUUUUUGUAAUAAACUAUGUGAAACUAUAUCAUAUGAAAACACCAUUAGUUAUCUAUAACUUAUCUAUGAUCAUAUUUAGUGACUAUCAUCACACCUGCUGUAUCAUUAUAGAUUAGAAUAAAUUAGAAUAUAAUUGUAAAAAGUAAUUCAUGUUACUUUACAUUUGUAGUGUCUUAAUUACUCAGUACUUUACAAGUUGUUCUGACAUUAACAAAA